CACGCUCCUCGCGCAGAAGGAAUCGGAAAGACUACUGGGAAAUCAACAACAAAUCGACAUAACAGGGAGCUGGCCUGUUCUUCCGCCUUUUUCCUCUGCUGUGGAAGACAAAUUAAAUAUAUCCGCGGAUUCGUACUUUUACCGGAUUCGGCUAACGUUUGGGGCCUACAGAGUUGCAGAAAUGAGUCAGUGGUUGGAGCUUCAACAACUGGAUUCAAAGUUUUUGGAACAGGUCGACCAACUGUACGAUGACAGCUUCCCGAUGGCCAUCCGGCAGUACCUCAGCAGCUGGAUAGAAAGCCACGACUGGGACCAUGUUGCUAAUGUGGAGAAUGAGUCUCUGGCAACCGUGAGGUUUCAUGAUCUUUUGACCCAGUUGGAUCACCAACACAGCCGUUUCGCGAUGGAGAAAGACUUCCUGAACCAGCACAACAUACGCAAGAUCAAGAGGAACUUGCAGAGCCUCUUCCAAGACGAUCCUGUCUCCAUGGCGAUGAUCAUCAGUAGGAACCUUAGCGAGGAAAGGAAGAUUCUGGCUGCUGCCCAAGUGUCAGAGAAUCGAACUGAAAGCACCCAAAAUGACAUGAUCGUGGAGAAACAUCGAGAAAUGGAUGGAAGGGUGAAAGACAUAAAGAUGAAAGUACAGGACACAGAGCAGACUAUCAAAAAUCUAGAAGACCAGCAAGACGAAUACGACUUCAAAAGCAAAACUCUACAAAGCAGAGAGGAACUGAACGGGACUAUUUCAAAGGAAGACCUGAACCGUGAGAGACUGACUAUCCAUGCCAUGUUUGUGAAACUCAAUGAAACAAGAACGAAAGUGAUCAGUCAGAUGUCAGAGGUGUUAAACAAUAUGGAUCCGGUGGUCUUUGAGCUAAUCUCAACAGAACUGGCCGAAUGGAGGUGCCGUCAACAGAUGGCUUGCAUCGGUGGACUAACCAAUGUCUGCUUGGACCAGCUGCAGAACUGGUUUACUUCUCUAGGAGAAUCUCUGCUUCAGCUCAGGCAGCAGCUCAAGAAACUUCUGGAGCUGGAGCAGAAAUUCACAUACGAAAACGAUCCCAUCACCCUCAGCAAAAGCACUCUGGAGGACAGGAUCAUGCUGAACCUCAAAAAUCUCAUCACAAACUCCUUGGUAGUCGAGCGACAGCCAUGCAUGCCGACCCAACUGCAAAGACCUUUGGUGUUGAAGACUGGUGUUCUGUUCACCCUCAAAUUACGGCUGCUCAUAAAACUUCAGGAAUUCAACCACACUGUUCGGGUUAAGGUGCAAUUCGAUAAGGAUAUCGUUGAGAAACGGAAAGGGUUUCGCAUGUUCAACAUCUUGGGAACUGCCAUGAAGGUGAUGAACAUGGAGGAAUCCAACGGGAUGGCAGCAGAAUUCCGUCAUCUGCAACUGAAAGAGAAGAAAGUUACCGGAAACAGAACAAGUGAGGGCCCUCUGAUCGUCACGGAGGAACUUCACUCCAUUACCUUCGAGGCUGAGCUCUGCUGGUCUGGAAUGGUCAUGAACUUUGAGGUCAGAAGAUUGCCCAUAGUUGUGAUCUCCAAAAACGUCAAUCAGCUCCCCAGGGAUGGGCCCCCCUCCAUCAGUUGGUACAACAUGACUGACUUUCUGAGCCGUCCCAAGGGAUUUGUUUUCUUCGUGACUCCUCCUUCAGCCACAUGGGGGCAUCUAGCGGAGGUGCUGAGCUGGCAGUUCUCCUCCAUCACAAAAAGAGGCCUUAACCAAGAACAGUUAAGCAUGCUGGGUACCAAACUCCUCGGACCUAAAGCUGUAAUGGAUCCUGAAGCUCAGAUUCCUUGGAAUAGAUUCUGCAAGUCUGGCAGUGAGAAGAACUUCACCUUCUGGCUGUGGAUUGAAGGGAUUUUGGACUUAAUAAAGAGACACCUGCUGAGUCUGUGGGACGAUGGCUGUAUAAUGGGCUUUGUGACCAAAGACCGAACUAAAGCUCUGCUACAUGACAAAUUGUCCGGGACAUUUCUGUUGCGCUUCAGCGAGAGCAACCGUGACGGAGCCAUCACAUUCAGCUGGGUUGAACAUGACGCAAACGAAGAGCCACAGAUUCGCUCCGUGGAGCCCUACACGAAGAAGGAACUCUCUGCCGUCUCACUUCCUGACAUCAUUCGCAAUUAUCGUGUAAUGGCAGCCGACAACGUCCCAGAAAACCCACUGCGCUUCCUGUUUCCCAAUAUACCCAAAGACGAGGCCUUCAAAAAAUACUACUCCAAACCUACUGACAAGCAAGAACCAAUGGAUGUGGAUAAGAAGUUACAUGAGGGAUACAUAAGCACCACUCUCAUCUCCAUCUCUGAAAUGUAA